GUGGUCUUGGACUAACUGCAGGACCUGGUCUAUGCUGGGGGCCAACCCACGCUCACAGACACAUCUCUCCACAGGGCCCCCGCUGUCAGCUCCCCUUGUGGCUAAGCUGGAACAUACAGGUGGACACAGCCUUGCCUUAGUUGGGGAAUCAGGGGUUUGGGGGAUCAAAGCCACCCCACCUGUCUCCUCCCCCUGCGGCCAUGUUUAUCACGGUGAUGUUUGGAGCUGGCUGCUGGGAGUUGGUGAAUCCCUGGUGUAACCUGGUGACCCUCACCGCCCACCUGAAGCAGAGGGGAAAGGUCCCCCCAGAUGCAUCUAUAGCUCUCCUGGGUGAGGAUGGGCAUCUGGUGAGCCUGGAGGAGGACCUCGAAGAGGGGGCUUCCGCAGCCCAGUGCAUGGCCAAUGCCAUACUGCAGGAGCGGGGGACCUAUGUUCUCGUGCAGAUCAUCAAGGGAGAGGAUGGGGCUCCAACCCGCUACGAGUCCCUCCUGGAGAACCUAGAUGACCAGUGUCCAGAGCUGGCAGGUAAAUGUUGGGGUAGAUCUGGGGGAAGGGCUCAUCUCCUCAGGCCCAACCAUCAGGGCUUCUUGGGCCUUCCAGAUGAGCUGCGCUGGCUGUCAGGCCUCCCUCCCAUGAGCCAGGACCGGAGGCGGCGCACGGGCACACGGCGUGGCCGGGAGCAAGGUCCCCCUUCAAGGUCUGGAAGGGCAGGCUCUCUGCCAUCCAGGACUCGCUAGCUGAGGCCAGCAGCCAGGACACGACCAACAGUGAAGCAAUCCGCACAUGGGAAUUAAAUAACCAUCCAUCUCCCCUGACCCCACUUCCUCAGCCAGGGAACUCCUGGCAGAAGGGACCAGCAACAUGGCAUGAAACAAACUGUGGUCUAAAAU